GACCCGUCGUCUGUACGCACGGCCUUUCGAUUCCAUCCCACUCAGAAAAAAAACACGUAAACCUAAAAUGAAGAAUAAACGUUGAUUUUUUUAAAUUAUUAUUUUUUUAACAAAAAAGAAAUUCAAUCCUAGUCGGCAAAUUUGACGCAAAAAUUACCCGGUUUUAUUAAUUUCUUAAGUGUACCAUUAAGACACUGAUUUAAUUUUUUGUAAAAAAAUUUAUACAGUUUUCUAGUUUUAUUAAAAAAAAAUAGUUGAGAUACAGAUUGAAAAAUGGGAUCGAAUCAGACGACGAUGGACACCCUGAGGCCUGUGUUCAUCGAGAACAUGACACUGGAAGAAUACCUCCUGUACGCUCGGGGUCCAAAACAAAUGCCGUUGAAAACCGCGAUACCUAUCACAAUAAUAUACGUCGUCAUAUUUAUCACGGGUGUCAUUGGAAAUUUCGCGGUGUGUGUUGUUAUCGUGAAAAACAAAUCUCUUCAUACAGCGACAAACUACUAUUUGUUCAAUCUGGCGAUAUCCGACAUCGCCUUCUUGCUAUUGGGACUGCCGAACGAGUUGAGCUUAUACUGGCAGCAAUAUCCAUGGGUACUUGGAAAUGAGCUUUGCAAACUAAGGGCAGUUGUGUCAGAAAUGACUUCCUACACAUCUGUCCUAACAAUAGUAGCUUUCUCAAUGGAACGAUAUUUGGCAAUAUGCCACCCACUGCAUUAUUAUACAAUGGCUGGAUUGCCCAGAGCCGUGAGGAUAAUUACCGCCGUGUGGAUACUGUCUCUUAUAUGCGCUACACCUUUUGCAAUAUUUACCACUGUGAACUACCUUGACUACCCCCCUGGGACGGGAAAAAUGGUUCACGAAUCGGCAUUCUGUGCAAUGCUUGAAAAUAACAUUCCGGAAAAUUUCCCUAUUUAUGAGUUGAGCGGUUUUCUCUUUUUUAUCCUCCCACUCAUAAUAAUCGUGAAUCUUUAUGUAAGAAUCGGAAGAACAAUACAAGUGGGCAACUCGCUCAAUCAAGUCGAAGGUGCUAUCCACGGUGAAAAUCGGCACACACAAUCUAGACAGACAAUUAUAAGAAUGUUAACUGCAGUUGUAAUAACAUUUUUCAUAUGCUGGGCACCAUUUCAUGCUCAACGACUGUUAUACAUUUACGGUCGCAACUCUCCCUACUUUGAAGUCAUCAAUGAAUGGAUAUUCAGCAUUGGUGGCAUGCUGUACUACUUCUCUUCCACUAUCAAUCCUAUACUUUACAAUUUGAUGUCGGUCAAAUACAGGUCGGCGUUCAAAAAAACCCUGCUUUGCUGGAAAGACAACAAUGACCACACCAUGGCAAGCCGAGAAACUGAAAUGAUCCCUGUCGAGGGGGAAAGUUUCAACAGGAUUAGUAGCAGAUCUCAUCGAGGGCGUCCACACAGUCUAUUAAUCCAGAAUGAAUCCGUGCCUAACAGCAUCAGAAAAUCGCUCCUGUUGUCGACUAUAACAUCCAAUGCUAGCAUUUGGAAAAAGAAUCUCAAAUCUUCCGGCAAAAAUGACAACGGGCGACAGAUGACUUUGGAUGAGGAACUGCCACAAAUAAUUGAUCCCGUUUGCCCACAACAGCUAACUGGAAAGGGCAAUACAUUUGAAACAUGUAUUUAAAUUCAGUCUAAAUUUAUAAUUUUAUUUUUUUUAAUAAUAGACAUACAUAUAGUACAACUUGAAGUGAAUGAACAUCAUCAUAAGAUCAAAUACAUUAAUAUAAUAAGAUUUUGGGUAAAUGUGAUAUAAUCACAAUAAAUAUUUCACUUUUAGAUUUUAUCAUUUAUUAUUAAAUGAUGCUAUAUUGUCAAUGUAUGUAAUUUUUUUAAAUUGUGAUAUUUCGUUUUCCCUGUCGUAUAUUUAUAUUAUUUAUUGUUUUGUUUUUUGUACAUAGGUAAACUGUAGAGUGAAAACAUCGAGUAAAUUUUCCAACAUAAUUCAUAUGAAAAAUAUCAAUUUCAAUGAGUGAAAAAUAGAAGGGUUUGACAUAUUUAUAUAUAAGGUUUUUAUGAACUCAAAAUGAAAUUCCCAUCAAGUUGUUUAGAAUACCUCUCUAACCCCCUUCAUAGUGUUGAAAUUCAAAUAAUUCAACCACGGUCCACCGGCAUAGAGUCUGAUUUACAUUCAAUCAUGGAUAUGUACCUAACCCUACUAACUUAACCCUAACCCAACCUAGCUUAACCAUUCUUAACCUAACCUUAACCUAACUUAGCUUAACUAUUUCUAACCCUAACCCAACAUAGCCUAACUAUUCUAUUCCUAACCUAACCUUAAACCUACCCCAACCUAAUCUAAAUCAACCCAUGUAGGUAUCCAUGUUAAAAAUAUAACACAUUAGAACAACAAUUAUUUAUGAAACACUGUUCCAAGAAAGAAACUAGUUACUGUUAAUUUUGUAUUUGUUCCCAAGUAUGGUCAGUGACAAAAGAGUGAAAAGAAAAAUUCAAGAGUAAUGUGUAUAAAAACAAUACAGAUAUAGUUUAUACAAAUGAGAAUUGAACGGAGUAGUGAUCAAAUUAAACAGACGUCAACGAGAAUGAUCUUUUGUAAUAGAAAUGAAAUAUUGUAAUUUACAAGUAAAUACUUAAAGGUGUCUUUAAUUUUUAUUGUAUAUUCUUUGUUACUUGAUAGUUUUGUAAACAUUUUUAAUAUUUUUAUGAACUAAGAAAGUAUUUAGUAAGAGACUGAAUUUCUAAAAAUGUUCAUGAUGGUGUAAGUACUUUUUUGAAUAUUGUUGUAUAUGAAUUAAACUACGGAUUUUAAAAAACAUAAAAUACAAUUUUAAAAACUUAUGUUUAAUUUUAAAUAUCAUUUUGAUUGUUACGUCAAUAUUUAAUUGCAAAGAUCUUGGUAAUAUUUUCUCAACUGUGUAGAUGUAACCAUUUUUUAAAUAGAUGGAUAAUAGUCCUUAAUAUUGCAGUUUUUAAUCAUCUUAAAAUCCAAGUAGUAUGGAUCAUGCUUAAACCCUAAUUUAAAAAUUUAAGUGUUAAUGUAAAAAAAACCUAAAACCUACUCUCAGAUAGGCAGAAAUAUUUAUAAGUUACAAAGUUUAUAAGCAGAUAUUUUUAAUUGAAUAUCUUCAGUUUGAAUCACGUUCUGAGAACAAUGUUGAUUGUAGAGAACCAAGCUGCAUAUACAUUGAUAAGUUACAAGUAGAAUUUAAAAUUAUGCCAAGUAUGUGUCAAAAAAAAGAAACUAAGUAUAUUUUCCCAUUCUAGUCUGUGUUUAUAUACAUGUUGAAAUGAUUAAAGGCAAAAUAUAAUUUUCACUGUA